CCGGAAUCGGGGGCGGAAGCGCAGCGCGUUCAAGUGCGCGCCGCAACCCGCAAAGUCGGACCCGUGCCGGCGGAGGACGCGGUGGUGGGGCGCCCGUGGAGAACGUGUCCCAGCAGCGCAGGCUGGCGCCACGUACCUGGCGUGGCCGAGACCGUGAGAUGUUCGGAGGGGGUUUUGUCUGCAGACCCACACCGCCUGCGUUUCAGCCUCUGUGUCCGCCCGAGAGUAGGCCAGUAUGCCCAAGGUGACCCUGAAUGGUGUGGUAGUCGAUUUCCCUUUCCAGCCGUACAAAUGCCAAGAGGAGUACAUGAGCAAGGUCUUGGAGUGCUUGCAGAAGAAGGUGAACGGCGUGCUGGAGAGCCCCACGGGCACGGGCAAGACGCUGUGCCUCCUGUGCAGCACGCUGGCCUGGCGGGAGCAGCUCCGCGACGCCAUCUCUGCCCGCAAGAUUGCCGAGAGGGCGUCAGGGCAGCUCCUCGACAGCACCUUGGCGUCCUGGGGGACCGCUGCCCAGGAAGGGGACGUCCCAGCGUGCUACACGGACGUCCCGAAGAUCAUUUACGCCUCCCGGACGCACUCACAGCUCACGCAGGUCAUCAGCGAGCUCCGGAAUACCUCUUACCGGCCCCGAGUGUGUGUGCUGGGCUCCCGGGAGCAGCUGUGUAUCCAUCCUGAGGUGAAGAAGCAGGAGAGUAACCACAUGCAGGUCCACCUGUGCCGGAAGAAAGUGGCGAGUCACUCCUGUUACUUCUACAACAACGUGGAAGAGAAGAGCCUGGAGCAGGAGCUGGCCACCGCCAUCCUGGACAUCGAGGACCUGGUCAGGAGUGGGACCGGGCACAAGCUGUGCCCUUACUACCUGUCUCGGAACCUGAAGCAGCAGGCCGACAUCAUCUUCAUGCCCUACAACUACUUGCUGGACGCCAAGAGUCGCCGUGCGCACAGCAUCGACCUGAAGGGGACAGUCGUGAUCUUCGACGAAGCUCACAACGUGGAGAAGAUGUGUGAGGAGGCCGCAUCCUUCGACCUGACACCCCACGACGUGGCUUCAGGACUGGACGUGAUAGACCAGGUGCUGGAGGAGCGGACCAAGGUGGCGCAGCAAGCCGAGCUCCACCCAGAGUUCAGGGCGGACUCUGCCAGCUCAGGGCUGAGCCUGGAGCUGGAAGACCUCGCGAAGCUGAAGAUGAUCCUGCUCCGCCUGGAGGGGGCCAUCGACGCUGUGGAGCUGCCUGGAGGCGACCGCGGUGUCACCAAGCCCGGGAGCUACAUCUUCGAGCUGUUUGCUGAAGCCCAGAUAACGUUUCAGACCAAGGGCUGCAUCCUUGAGUCCCUGGACCAGAUCAUCCAACACCUGGCAGGACGUACGGGGCUGUUCGCCAGCACGGCGGGGCUGCAGAAGCUGGCGGAUGUCAUCCAGACCGUGUUUAGCGUGGACCCUGCUGAGGGCAGCGCCGGUGUCAUGGUGGGGCCGGGAUCUCAGUCCUACAAGGUGCACAUCCGCCCUGAUGCCGGUCACUGGAAGACAGCUCAGCGGUCAGAUGCCUGGAACACCACAGCGGCCAGAAAGCAAGGGAAGGUGCUGAGCUGCUGGUGCUUCAGCCCCGGCCACAGCAUGCGUGAGCUGGUCCGCCAGGGCAUCCGCACCCUCAUCCUCACCAGCGGCACGCUGGCCCCUGUGUCCUCCUUCGCCUUGGAAAUGCAGAUCCCUUUCCCUGUCUGUCUGGAGAACCCACACGUCAUCGACAAGCACCAGAUCUGGGUGGGGAUUGUCCCCAAAGGCCCCGACGGCUCCCAGCUGAGCUCCGCCUUUGACAAACGGUUCUCCGACGAGUGCUUGUCCUCCCUGGGGAAGGCGCUGGGCAACAUCGCCCGCGUGGUCCCACAUGGGCUCCUGGUCUUCUUCCCUUCCUACCCCGUCAUGGAGAAAAGCCUGGAGUUCUGGCGGGCUCGUGACUUUGCCAGGAAGCUGGAGGUCCUGAAGCCCCUGUUCGUGGAGCCAAGGAGCAAAGGAGGCUUCUCGGAGGUGAUGGAGGCGUUCUACACGAGAGUCGCUGCCCCUGGGUCCAGCGGGGCCGCCUUCCUGGCUGUGUGCCGGGGCAAGGCCAGUGAGGGGCUGGACUUCGCGGACGCCAACGGUCGUGGCGUGAUCGUUACCGGCCUCCCGUACCCACCCCGCAUGGAUCCCCGGGUUGUCCUCAAGAUGCAGUUCCUGGACGAGAUGAAGGGCCAGAAUGGGGCCAAGGACCAGUUCCUCUCCGGGCAUGACUGGUACCGGCAGCAGGCGUCCAGGGCCGUGAACCAGGCCAUCGGGCGGGUGAUCAGGCAUCGCCACGACUACGGGGCCGUCUUCCUCUGCGACCACAGGUUCGCCCACGCGGAUGCCAGAGCCCAGCUGCCCUCCUGGGUGCGCCCCCACGUCAAGGUGUAUGAGAACUUUGGCCAUGUCAUCCGCGACGUGGCCCAGUUCUUCCGUGUGGCCCAGAGAACCAUGCCUGCGCCGGCCCCCCGGGCUGCUGCCCCGAGUCCGGGCGAAGGAGAAGGCACCGUCUCGGUGGCCAGGUCCCUCGGCCCCCUCCCCGCCAGGAAGGCCACGCGUCUGGACGUGCACGUCCCUAGCCUGAGGCAGAGACACGUGGGCUUGCCGGGCUCCGGGGAUCCCGAAGGCUGCCUGUGUGUGGAGUACGAGCGGGAGCCUGUCCGUGCGCCGCGGAGGCCCGCAGGGCUGCUGGCCGCCCUGGAGCACAGCGAGCGGCUGGCCGGGGGGCCCGGGGACCAGCCCCUCCCCGCGGAGGAGGAGGCCCCCCGCCGCUCCGCCCUGUCGGGCCCUCGUGAGAAGAGGCCAGCGGAGGAGCAGCGCGGCAGGAGGAGGAAGGUCAGGCUGGUCGGCGACCCGGAGGGGGCGGCAGAUGGUGUGGACACGGGCAGGGCCACGCUCUUCAUGGCGGCCGUGAAGCAGGCUCUGAGCCGGGCCAGCUUCGACACCUUCACCCAGGCCCUGCGUGACUACAAGGGCUCCGAUGACCUCGCUGCCCUGGCUGCUCACCUCGGCCCCCUUUUUGCUGAGGACCCCAAGAAGCACAGCCUGCUCCGAGGCUUCUAUCAGUUCGUGCGGCCGCACCACAAGCAGCAGUUUGAGGAGAUCUGUGUCCGGCUGACGGGCCGAGGCUGCAGCUCCCGGCACGAGCACGACCUCGCCCAGAGGCAGGGGGCACAGCCGGCCCCAAACCCCAGCCUAGGAAGGAGGGAGUCCGACCCCAAGCUCACCGUGUCCCAGGGUGCAGCCAGGCAGCUGGACCCUUGCAAGCACCUGAACCAGGGCCGGCCCCACAUGGCCUCUGGGCCGCUCCCCGCAGGAGAGCCCAGCUGCCGGCCACUCGAGGGGUCUGGAGCCCCUGGAGCAAAGAAGCACCCACCCGCUGUGAGCGCCUACCUGGCUGAUGCCCGCAGGGCCCUGGGGGCCGCAGGCUACAGCCAGCUCCUGGCGGCGCUGACCACCUACAAGCAGGACGAUGAUUUCGAGAAGGUGGUAGCUGUGGUGGCCGCACUUACCACCUCGAAGCCGAAGGACUUGCCCCUGCUGCAAAGGUUCGGCAUGUUCGUGCGGCCACACCACAAGCAGCGCUUCCGGCAGACGUGCGAGGACCUGAGUGGCCUGCCCACCCCGGGCCGGGGCCCCCAGGCUCCAGGACCUGGGAACCCUGCCGCGCCUUGUGAUCUCGCCCCUGGGGUGCCGGAGCCAGGCCCCUCACGGCCGGAGAAACCCGGGAAGACCCAGAGCAAGAUCUCCUCCUUCCUUACACAGAGGCCAGCUGGGGGGACAGGGGCUCCCAGCCGGCCCCCCAGUGCGCCCCGUGGGCAGGCACAGUCCGAGUGGGUGGGCUUGGCGUGUCCCGGCUGCAGGGCAGAGGACGUGGUCCCCUUCCAGUGCCCCUCCUGCGACUUCCACUGCUGCCAGGCCUGCUGGCGACAGCACCUCCAGGCCUCUAGGACGUGCCCGGCCUGCCAUGCUGCCACCAGAAAGCAGAGCCUCACGCAGGUCUUCUGGCCGGAGCCCCAGUGAGCGUGGAGGUCCUCUGGGCGCUUGCGUGGUCUGCGGAGGCUGAGGCGAGCCCUGCCUGGGCCGCAGCCUGGACGCUUGCCUGUCGGGCUGGGGGUGGCCCAGGCGUGGUACCAGAAACCCUCUGGCCAAGAGCCCAGCUGACAGGGAGGCCAGUCCAGUGUCCGUGGGGAACCCUCUCAAGAUGGCAGCGGGUCCUGGGCCCCUGAGGGAGACCCUGAGGCCACACGGGGGUCUGGGGUGGGUCCACUGGAAGGUGCUUCCCCAGAACUUCCCUGGCCGCGGGCUUGUGGGUGGACCCCCAGCAGGAAGGAGGGGAGCCCUGCGUCUCUUGUCUGGGGGACCUUCGGUUCAUCAGGGCACAGGUUCUAAUAAAGCUGCUGGCACUGCUGGGAUGGGGGUGUUCGUGGCCUGGGCUUGGGGGUGGGUGGGGGCACGCGGGCAGUCUCCCUCCUGCCUGGUUUCUCAAGAGGGGGUGCCGCCGCUCCCUCUGCCCCUGGCCGCUAGGCCUGGUAAGGCGGUCAGGAGCUGCGCGCGGUCUGGGGGUCCUCACAGGGCUGUCCUGGCACUGGGCUCUGGCCCCCAGGUCGCCGGCCCCACCCCCCCCCGUCCCAGGCGGGGCAGGGCUCCGCGGGGGCGUGGCC